AUGGGCCCUAAGAUCCUCAAGAAGUUCUACAGCUGCACCAUUGAGACCAUCUUGACCAGCUGCAUCAUCGCCUGUCUGGAUGAGAAGCCUGUCAAAGCAGCAGAGUCCCAGAGACCCAAGAGACUACAGCUGUGUCUCACCCUGCAGGAGCGUCUCCAGCAGUACUAUUCUACCAGAGCAGCUUUAGCCCCAGUAGAGGUCCACAGAGCUGAGAGUCUAGCUCUAGAUAUCUGUAUAGAGGUACAAGGCUUCCUGCACACCACAAACCCUGAUAUGCCUCUGGGAGAGAUGUCACUGGGAGGGUCCCUGUUUGACGACCUACAGGUGGUUAGUGCGGACCAUGCAUGCCUGUUGGUUCCCCUCCAGAUAGAACCCAGUCUGUGGAGACUGAUCCCUGGGGAGGAGACCCUCCUAACACACCCUCUACACUGGAGGGUCCGACGGUUCAACCUGGAGUUCCCUAGAGGACGCAGCUACUGGGACAGGUUCCUAGUAAGAGGGUAUCUAUCCUGCCGGGCGAUGGUGAGCAUGCUCAGUAAGGCUGUGAUGGAAACCAUGAACUGGCCGUCCCUCUCCUCUACUCUUUACUGUCUGGUCAGGCCUGUCCUCAGGGGGGAUGAACUGAAACUAGAGAUACGACCAGAGCGAGGUGAUUCUCUCUUCGUCUCCAUGGUGCCGGUGCUGAGGGAGGCAGACGUGGUCCUGACUGCCCAGGUAGAGUUAACCCAGCCCUGGGAUAGUGCCUGGCACCUCUCCCUCUACCCCUGGGAGAACCAGCGCCUGGCCCAGCUUGACUCAGCGGACCAGGGGGUCCGACGCACCCUCCUCAAAACCCUCAAAGCCGUCUGUCGACACUGUCCCGCCCUGCGACCCCUCUCCGCCGCGCCGCUGGCCAACCUCAUCCUCCACCUCAGUGACAAGGACGUGGAUUGGUCGGAGGGUUGUCUGAGUGGGCGGUUCCAGCAGUGUGUGUGGGAGCUGAUAGGCUAUCUGGAGGAGGGGGUGUUGCCCAGCUACUUCAAGCUCAGCGCUAAUAUGUUGAAUGGAGUGACGGAGGGAGAUCAGAUGGGGUAUAUGUUGUACUGCGCUGUCUCUGAACCUGAGAUUCUGCUAAUAUAG